GCAGAGGCUCAAACCUGCCCCACACCGCAGCUGAAGCAUCCGAAGCAGCUGAAGCAGCAGCAGCUUUGUCCGACACCGGCGUUUCAUUUCGCAGCAGAAGGUCGUCUCAUCAACAACACUAAAAACUACAACCUGACAAUUAUAUGUCGCUAUUUUUCUUCAUAAAUUUACGAAGAAACCUGGAAACGAAAAAUGGACGUUUGUAAAAGCCGAAGAUUUGUCAGUUGACGUCGUGUUUGUCCGUACUCGUUGCUAAGUGGCUAGUUGUUAGCAUUACUGUAGCACAGAUAUCAUCGGAAAACAUCGGAAAACACAACAGUCGCAACAAGUGGAUUUUAGUUUUAUUUACAUUACUCCUAAAUAGUUAAUGUUUUGUUUUAAAUCCUGUAAAAGUGUCACUGUAACUUAAGAUUGUAGUAAAAAUCUAAGCGCGCAGUCUUAGUAUAGAAAUCAUAUCGGUAUCAAGGACCUACCCCCAUUGGAUUGAACUGGGUAGCCUCUGGUUUGAUGGCAGCUUCAGCUAGUGCCCGAAGACUACCCAUUGGUGUGAGGACAUUGAGUGACUUUCUGCAGAUUGCUACGGUGGGCUCCCCUCGCUCAACACGAUCAGUGCUGCAAAGAGGAUGCAUGAGACAGCAGCAUAUCAGGUAUUUGUCGUCAUGUGGGAUCCUAAUGACAAGGACUCCCAAAGUGCUUUGCCUUCACGAGGGGGACAUGAUGUCAGCAGCCCCCCACAGCCGGAGCUUCAUCAGCCUCACCAACAAAAGGAAGGAGUACUCCGAGCGCAGGAUACUAGGGUAUUCUAUGCAGGAGAUGUAUGAUGUGGUUGCCAAUGUUGAUGAAUACAAGCAUUUUGUCCCUUGGUGCAAGAAGUCCCAGACCAUAAUGAAGAGAGCGGGCCACACCAAAGCUCAGUUAGAAGUGGGUUUUCCUCCGGUGGUCGAGAGAUACACGUCCAUGAUCACCAAUGUCCGGCCGCACCUAGUCAAAGCUGUCUGUACAGAUGGAAAGUUAUUUAAUCACCUUGAGACAAUAUGGCGCUUUAGUCCUGGAAUACCUGGUUACCCACGUACAUGCACUGUGGACUUUUCUAUUUCUUUUGAGUUUCGCUCGCUGCUGCAUUCCCAGUUGGCCACCAUGUUUUUCGAUGAGGUGGUAAAGCAGAAUGUGGCUGCGUUCGAGCGGCGAGCCUGUAAACUGUUCGGACCGGAGACACGGAUCCCGCGAGAACUCAUGUUUCAUGAGGUCCAUCAGACGUGAACGACAGCAACAGCAAAUCUUCCACAAAAAACGGCCUUAAAACCAAAACUUUGACACAUUUCUCCUUCCCCCACUUGCACAGGGCUGCCCACAUGGUCUCAUGAGUUUGACCCAGUAGCUGCUAAUAAAUGUAUACGACCUUUAAAUCAUCAGCUGUUAGUGCCACGUAGUUUGCCUCAUCACUUCUGUCAGUCCGACUUGUUGAUUUCUACCUCUGCGAAAAGGAUAUUUUUGGCCUCUUCUAACAAUGUUCUCAAAACAUUAAGGCUGCACAAUAUGAGAAAAACACAUACCAUAUAUUUCGGGAUACCUUUUCUCUCAAAAAUUUGAAAUUAAAUAAAAAUGUUAGUUAAAGGUGCACUUUGUAACUUCUAGUACUAGUGCUUGUCUCCAUGGGAUGUUAUUUUUUUUUUGCCUGGAAAAUCCCACAGAAUGUUAUUAAACUUGUCUAUCUCCAGGGAGACAAGUGAGUGACCACUAGGCCAAGCUACAGGUCAGAUCUGUGGAGAGGCAACCCCACUCACAAGCCAAUGGGGACCAGCAGGAAGUGGACCCUUUGCCAGAAAAGUUGCAUAGUGCACCUUUAAAUUAAAACCAAAACUUCCCAUUGUAGUACAUUCUUUAUUUUCUGGUAUAAAUCGUAAUCUUAAUUCAGACUCUAUUUUAACUAUUUUACAUCAUAACCUGACAAAUUAAACACAUUUCUAGAGACAUUUUGAUUUUAUGCAGUGGAUGUAAUAUUGUGCAGCCUUACAUGACCUUCCACAUUAUGUAAACCCCACAGUGAAAUUGUUUAGUUAUCAUGUUACCAACAAAGCUGAGCUGUUUUUACAGAAAUCAAGUUGUUUAUUUUAACAAAUUCAGUUUUGAACUCCUGGCAGUGGUUCUCAAACUUUUCCCACAGAGUUAAGAAAAUAUUUCACUUUCCAAGUACCACCAGAUCUAAACCAGGAUUAUACCAGGUUUAAACUAGGGCCUAACCAGUUCUAAAGCAGUUCUAAGACUAAUCCCAAAGAGGACAAAACAUGAAUAAUUAUACUCAAAAUUAAGAUUGAGAAGCACUGCCUUACUGGAAUGCUGUUGCACAUUUUUGAGACCUUAAAAGGAAUAUCUAUCAACCUUAUGAGACCUGUUACACUGGAUCAAGCACAGUACUAUUAACAUUUCACAAAAUCCCUUACAUUAUCUUUCAUUAGUUAUCAUUGCAAGCUUGGUGCAAAAUCAAAGUGUUUUAAUUUAUUCAGCUGCGGUUAUAUUCAUAGUAUUGUUUAAUAGUUAUUAAAUGUGCCAUGUGCUAAGAGAAAUGUCUUUUUGUGACAUUUUUCAAGGGGAAAAGUAUAUAUUAUAUUUGGGAAACAAAGAUUUAUUUUGACAAUUGUUAUGCUGUGAGGAUUUGUUUUGGUUUGAAAGAUUUGAAAGGUCUUUUAAAAAUGUAUUAUUUUACAGCCUGAAGUUUUAGCUAGACAGAGUCUCCUACCAAAAUAUCUAAAAGUGUAAACAAUUUAUAAAAUGCAACGGCGUAACUUGCACAUGAAGAGACAGGAGAUGUUAUUGAAUGUAUAUGACAUUACCUAUAGACAUUUACAAUUUUUGUGAUCGCAGUUAAAGUCAAAUUUAAGUUUGUGGUUCAAUAUCCAUCCAUUUUCUUCCGCUUAUCCGGAGCCGGGUCGCGGGGGCAGCAGUCUAAGCAGGGACUCCCAAACUUCCCUCACCCCAGACACGUCCUCCAGCUCCUCCGGUGGGAUCCCAAGGCGUUCCCAGGCCAGCCGAGAGACAUAGUCCCUCCAGCGUGUCCUGGGUCUUCCCCGGGGCCUCCUCCCGGUGGGACAUGCCCAGAACACCUCCCUAGGGAGGUGUCCAGGAGGCAUCUUGAGCAGAUGCCCGAGCCACCUCAGCUGGCUCCUCUCAACGUGUAGGAGCAGCAGCUCUACUCCGAGCUCCUCACCCUAUCCCUAAGGGUGCGCCCAGCCACUCUGCGGAGGAAACCCAUUUCAGCCGCUUGUAUCCGCGAUCUUGUCUUUUCGGUCAUUACCCAGAGCUCAUGACCAUAGAUGAGGGUAGGAACGUAGAUUGACCGGUAAAUCGAGAGCUUCGCCUUCCGGCUCAGCUCCUUCUUCACCACAACGGACCGAUACAGCGACCGCACCACUGCAGAUGCUGCACCGAUCCGCCUGUCAAUCUCACGCUCCAUCCUUCCCUCACUCGUGAACAAGACCCCGAGAUACUUGAACUCCUCCACUUGGGGCGGAGACUCACCAAUAGUUCAAUAGUUAUAACUUAAAGGUGCACUAUGUAACUUUUCUUGACCAUUUUUGUUUUUGUUUUACCUGAAAUGUUACACAAAAUGACAUUAAACCUAUUGAACUAGCAUUUAUUUAAUUAUAGCCAUUUUUAUUGCUCAGAAAUACCUUGAAAAAUAUACUUACUGUGAGCGGGAUCGCCUCUCCUUAGAUCUGACCUGGAAAUUGCCCUGGUUGUAUUAACCCUAAUGCCAUACUAUGGGAAAUUCCAUUGAGAUGAGCACUCUACCAGAAAAGGUACAUAGUGCACCUUUUAAUACAAAGGCGUAAUAUCAUACCCAGGGAAAAUUGCUGUCGUUAUGAUUUACUAAUUGCUUCCAUUCAAAUUGUAAUUAUUAUGAAACUGAAGACUACUGAUGUAUGGUAGUUUUAACUCAAAGGAUAUAUAGUAAAUAUAUUUCUCCCGCUACAAUCUCAAAAGUUGAAGAUAUCCAAGAGGAGAAAGGCUGAUUUGGGCUGUAGAAUAAGUCAUUAUCCAUCUGUAGUGAAAUUAAAUGUGUUUAUUUCAUUGUCAUAUUUAUUAAGGUGCAUGGAUGUUUAAAUGUAUCUGGGUUUCUUUUGUUUUUAUUUGGGGCUUAAUUUUAAAGUACACAUUGCCUUAGAUGCAUGGGAGGUUAGUAAUGGUUUGUCAAUUGAGGAUUUAUAAUACCCAAAAAAUAAUCAAUACAAAUGAUCAGACUGAGAAAUUAAGUGAGUAACUGAGUAAGUAACUGAUUUAUUUUAAUCCAGCCCAACCCAAAUUCUGAAAAUCAAAGCCUAUAAAACAAACUACGAGGGAAUAAGAAAGUUUUAAAAUGCUAUAACUAGUGCAUGACGAACGUGUACUUAAGAUUUUAAUGGAAACUGAGUGUAAAAAAAGCAAUAAAAAUGUGCAAUGUAAAGUA